UAGAGAUGCUAACACACUCCAGCAACACUGUGAGAGAAAUGAGGGGAGUCUGGACUUAUGGAAACAAGGAGGACACGAUAGAGAAAGUUUCUUCGAGGAUUUGGGGACGGUUGGUGGCGCUUGGAAUUGGACAACCAAUUCAGGAGAAAGUGUUGCUCCGUUCGAAUUCCCGAACAGCACCGGUGAAAUCUUUUAUUUUCUGCGGGCCUGUGUUUUGGAAGUAGAUAACAGCGGAGUAGUAACAACAUUGUGGCGAGGAAUUCCACCGCUCAUUCCGGGAACCUGAAGACGCACGAAGUUGAGUUUAGAUACCUGUUGCUUGCGUGCACUUUGGAUACUAAUUUACUCACUGUGAACAAUCUGCUCGGUUCUAAGUGUGGCCUAUCAAACACUGGACAGUUAGCUUCGAUUUUUUUUUUUCUCAUUGAGGAUUGUAGCCUAGUCUACUAUCGCGGAGCAAAUUGUAGGUUUCCAUCAAGUGCCAUGCACGGCAGCGUAUUAUCAAAUAUGAGGGAGAGGGAAAGUGUCAGAUUCAAGACGACAGCAUGAUGACAUCGUCAAUGCUUUCACACAUGUGAAGAAAAAAAAAACAUCACUCAAAGUAUUGAAUGCAAUUUCACUCAAACAUGAGUUCUUCCGGCGGCAGAAAGGUAGAUAGGCUAUAUGUCGGCGUGUUUGAAUUAUUAUUUACAUGGAACUGAAAUUCGGGAAAUUAUUUAAGCAAUUUCCCCAGAAAAUAAUUGUUGUUGGGUAGCUUCAUCUUUGCGACACGUUGUGAAAAUAGCGUGCACGUUGGGAGUUACGAUGCUGGUCUCUUGGGUCACAUUUAUUCAAGCGUUCCUAAUACUGCUGGUGAAAGGAGCCGACCAAUGGAGCCUCCGGGAGUCGUCUAACUGCGAGCUAAAAAGGAAACAAAGUGAUCUGAACUCUUUCCUGUGGACCAUCAAACGUAACCCUCCGUCCUACUUCUACGGCACGAUCCACGUCCCUUACACGCGCGUCUGGGACUUUAUCCCAGAGAACUCCAAGAAGGCUUUCCAGGAGAGCAACAUGGUUUACUUGGAGCUGGACCUGACUGAUCCUUACACCAUCUCAGCCCUGACCAGCUGCCAGCUCCUCCCUCAGGGGGGGACCCUACAAGAUGUUCUACCCAGAGACAUCUACAGACGCCUCAAGAGGCACUUGGAGUACGUCAAACUCAUGAUGCCAUUCUGGAUGACUCCUGACCAGAGGGGUAAAGGCCUCUACGCUGACUACCUGUUUAAUGCAAUAGCGGGGAACUGGGAGAGGAAGAGGCCUGUGUGGGUGAUGUUGAUGGUGAACUCGUUGACGGAGGCGGACAUUAAGACGAGGGGGGUCCCGGUGUUGGAUCUGUACCUGGCUCAGGAGGCAGAGAGGAUGAGGAAGAGAACAGGAGCUGUGGAGAAGGUGGAGGAGCAGUGUCACCCUCUCAACGGACUCAACUUCUCUCAGGUGAUCUUUGCCCUGAACCAGACCCUUGUACAGCAGGAGAGUGUGAGAGCAGGCAUUCUGCAGGGCUCCUAUACCACUGAGGACCUCAUCAAACACUACAACUGUGGAGACCUCAACUCCAUCAUCUUCAACCACGACACCUCUCAGGUCCCCAACUUCAACAACGUGACCCUACGCCCCAGUGAACAGAUAACAGCUCAGGAGAUAGACAGCUACUUCAGACAGGAACUGAUCUACAAGAGGAACGACAGGAUGGGGAACAGGGUCAAGGCUCUGAUGGAAGAGCACCCUGACAACAGCUUCUUCUUUGCCUUCGGAGCAGGUCACUUCCUGGGCAACAACACCGUGAUUGAUGUGCUGAGGAGUCAGGGCUAUGAAGUGGAGCACACUCCUGCAGGGCAGCCCAUUAACAGUCGAUCGAUAUCGGCCCCCGACCAGACGGGUCAUUCUCUGGGUCGGGACCUGGAUGAGUCCACAUACCUGGAGCCUUUCCUCCACGAGCUUCAUGAUGAGGAGCAACAGCACCCUCUGCAGGACAACCCGCGACCCAACAUACUGCCGCCUCGUCACUCCCACAGCCUGGAGCUGAUGGACAAGAUGGACCGCAAGCUGAAGAAGAAACGGCGUAACAAACAGAGGAAACACCAGAGAAACGGACAGUUUAAUGACCUCUGGGUUCGCAUCGAAGAGAGCACCACAGUCGAAUCCCCUCCUCCUCCGCUGGUCCGUGUUAUUAAUGGUUACAUCACCGUACGGCCUCACCGCCACAACUACGAGAGAGGCCACGCCCACGGCAGAGCCAAUUACAACAGGUUGUUGUCAGGCUCCUCCGCCUCUAUGCCCCUGUGUGUCCUCUGGUUACUUUUUACAGUGUUGGGUCAUAUCUGGACUCUCUAGUAGCAGGUCUGUACAGGAGGUUACUGGUUCAAAACCCUCCUGCUAACAUCUGGACUCUCUAGUAGCAGGUCUGUACAGGAGGUUACUGGUUCAAAACCCUCCUGCUAACAUCUGGACUCUCUAGUAGCAGGUCUGUACAGGAGGUUGUUGGUUCAAAACCCUCCUGGACUCUAGUAGCAGCUCUAGUCUAAAGCACAAGGUUAUUGGUUCAAAUCCCUCCUGCUCACAAUGAAUAAUCUAUUUCAACACACAAUGGGGGCGAAUACAAACUUUCCCUUAUGUCAUAUUUUCAGUUAAUCAUGCAUUGAUGUUGAGUGACAAUGUGACUUAAAGGGAUAUUUCAUUCAAUUUGUAUGUCUCUGCAUCUAGUAUGAAGAAAUGUACAGAUAGUUUCGCGAGCCAAUGCUAACUAGCGUUAGCGCAAUGCCUGGAAGUCUAUGUUAUCUGCUAGCAUGCAAUUGCGCUAGAGCUAGUUAGCUACUUUCUUCAAACUGCCAUCAGGGGCAUAACAAUGGUAUCCACAAGUUCAUCUGACUCUGGCGAAGUAGAUAAAGGGCUUCAUUGCCAAAAUCCUGCAGCAUCCCUUUAAUGGAAGUUAGGAUUUGCCCAAAUCCUGCAGCAUCCCUUUAAUGGAAGUUAGGAUUUGCCCAAAUCCUGCAGCAUCCCUUUAAUGGAAGUUAGGAUAUGCCCAAAUCCUGCAGCAUCCCUUUAAUGGAAGUUAGGAUUUGCCCAAAUCCUGCAGCAUCCCUUUAAUGGAAGUGAGGAUUUGCCCAAAUCCUGCAGCAUCCCUUUAAUGGAAGUUAGGAUUUGCCCAAAUCCUGCAGCAUCCCUUUAAUGGAAGUUAGGUUUUGCCCAAAUCCUGCAGCAUCCCUUUAAUGGAAGUUAGGAUUUGCCCAAAUCCUGCAGCAUCCCUUUAAUGGAAGUUAGGAUUUGCCCAAAUCCUGCAGCAUCCCUUUAAUGGAAGUUAGGAUUUGCCCAAAUCCUGCAGCAUCCCUUUAAUGGAAGUUAGGAUUUGCCCAAAUCCUGCAGCAUCCCUUUAAUGGAAGUUAGGAUUUGCCCAAAUCCUGCAGCAUCCCUUUAAUGGAAGUUAGGAUUUGCCCAAAUCCUGCAGCAUCCCUUUAAUGGAAGUUAGGAUUUGCCCAAAUCCUGCAGCAUCCCUUUAAUGGAAGUUAGGAUUUACCCAAAUCCGUCUCAACUAGAUCUUUUUACGUGUUUAUUAUUUCAAAAAAAUAAAAUAAAUGUAAAUAUUUUUUUUGCAGCAGCAAUGUAUUCUAAUAACCCAAACGGCUCUUAGUCUAACAAGAUUCUGUUCUUCCAACCCCCUUAAUCAAUUUACUCUUCACUUUUUGAAGAAUGUGUUUUGUAUCGCAUAAUACUGUGGGAAUUGUAUAUAUCUACAUAUUAUAGAUUGGAUUUUAGAAAUAUGACAUUUUGAAUGGUUGAAUUUGUUUUGUUUAUUUGUUGUUGUUUAUAAAUAGAUACAGUGUAUUUUCUAGACUAAUGCUGGUACUAACCACCAUUACCCGUAUUUGACAGCCUGGUUCCCGAUCUGUUUGUGCUGUCUUGGCAUUGACCAUUGGGCAGGGGUAUUGAAAUCCGAGCCCGGAGGUCCAUAAUACUGCUGGUUUUAUGUUCCCACCUGAUAAUUAAUUGCAUCCACCUGGUAGCCCCAGGUCUAAAUCGGUCCUUGAUUUAGAGGCAAUCAGCAGUGGAACUGGCUUCAAGGUCAAGAUUUUGAAUUGGCUAUGUUAUAGGCGUUGUCAAGACAGCACAAAUAUACCUGGAACCAGGCUACAUAUCUCUUCUAGGUUGAAAUGUGACGUCGAGGGAAAAAACGAUCCAAACCAGUGUUGUCUACGGCUUGUUGUCUGGGAGAAACGAUCCAAACCAGUGUCGUCUACGGCUUGUUG